CCCGGAGUCGCUCGCCCCCACAGACGCGCAGAGGCUCCAACAGCUUCACCAGCAGCACGAGGGUCAACUCAGCGGCGCUUCCCUCUGCUGCUGUUUAAAACAACAACUGCAUACAGCAUUCAGUCCAUUCUGGGGGUAAAAUUAAAGAGCUGCGAGUGUUUCACCGGGAGAAGGACUCGAACACACCGGAAGGAUUAACGGGAUCUGGAGGAUGUGCGGUUUGGACGCGGACUUGGACGAUGCCGGUUCAGGCGAGGAGGAGAAAGAGGAGGAGUUCUGGAUCGGGGAGGGAGUGAAGAUGCUGCCCCCUCCUGUGGCCCACAGCGGGGGGAGUGCGUGGGGUAGCCGCAGGGGCCGGUUUGGCUGCUUGGCCUGCGGGGCGGCCCUCCUCCUCUGGGACCUGUGCGUGGUCUUAGUCAGCGCUUUGCUCCUGGCUCUGGUCUUCUUCGUGGUGCUGCUGCCUGCGAUGCUGCUGUUGUACGCCGGUUUCCUAUGCCACUCCCGGGUUCUUGAUGCCCCCUCCGUCAUCUGCCGUUACCUUGACGACAACAGCUGCUCCGCCCUCAUUAUCCUGGGUUUCGUGAUGAUGUCGCCGCUCGUGGUCGUGGCCGCCGCCGUCUUCUGCGGGCUGCUCCGACGGUUUCGACUUCUGCUGCUCAUUCAGCCGAUCUCACGUGCCCGGUACCGAGGGCGGCUGUUGGAUUGGGCGGGCAGCGUCCACGCCUGGGUCUGACCAGUAAGGAGCCCAAGAUGCUAACAGAGCGAUACAAAAGGUAGACAAAAUAACAGGAACACCUCACAUUGUAAUCCACGUUGACCUAACUAGCCAAAUGCCAAGGUUUGAAUACAGUGUCUUGCCUUACACCGUUGGUCCAUUUUUUUUUUAAAUGGGGAUUUAAGAAGCUUUUUGGGCCUGAGAGGAUUUUUUUGUUGCAGUUCUAAGGAGUAGCCAAUAGAAUAAUAUGUUUUAUACCUUCAUCGGUUUCGGGUGUGAAGUAACUUUAGACUGAACAAACAAGACGUAACUUUAGUAAUUACUGAGCUAUACAGUGGCUGUCAUCUUUAGACAGUUGUUGCUGUUUUUAAUGUUAAUGCUAAGCUACGCUAAGCUAAUCCCCUCUGCCAGAUAGGAGAGUUGUGUUGUUUUUCUCAUCGGAAAAAGUUUUGUGAUGUUGUACUGGAUUGCUUAUUAAAAGGUGUCUCGAUUAUUAAUGCCCCUGUACAUUCAAGGUAAUUCAAUACAAAGAUAACAAACCUUUUCUGCACUCAUUUGAUCCAUAUGAUUAAAACACAUCACGGAAUAGUGCAGUAAAACUCAAAUCAUUUUUGUAAAAUGAGGAUUUUCAUUUCAGUUUUGCGAUAGAAUGAUGGCAACAUUCAAAAGAAAAUAGAAACUUAAAUUAUGGUUAUUUUCCCCUGAUUGUUUGCUAACUAUGUUGACGUUGUUACAUGUGGAAGAAAUAUAUUACUCUAAAAAUAUUUCUGGUUGUACAUUAGAAGUCUAAAAAAAGUAAAAACAUAAUUGCAAAUUGUUUAAUGUGGUCCAUUAUUUUGGACUCAAUUUCCCAGCACCGUCACACAAACACACAACAGUUUUAAAUAAUUUAACUGGACUUUAAUAUUGUCUGUGAGGUGAAUUAAAUCACUAGCUGAUGUAGUCUUGUGCGAACCAGGGAAUCAUGAUUCAUUUAAGUGGGUCUGCCAGAAUGAAAAACUACCUUCAUUAUAAAAAAAGCAGAAGUUGACAGAGUAAUAGCUGUUCAGUGAAAGCCAUGUAAUAAUGUGAGGUUGAAUGGUCAGACUGUAGCUAACUCAAACUUAGAUUCAUCACUGACUCAUGGGCCGUAUCCUUUUUAUCUGCAUGUGCAUUCUCAAUAAUGGAGUGGUCAGAUUUCAUGUUUAAUUUCUAAACUGAAAGCCCUGAGUCAUAUUUCACGAGGAGCAGUUUUUACUUUUCCUUUACCAAUGUUAUCUUACUAAAAUGUAUCUUUAAACAUAUUCAUUUGUCAAUGUCAGUCCUUUCAUUGAUCUUACAUUGAACGACCAUUAUUUGUUGUCCGUAAUGAAGCCCUAGUUACAGUAUUUUCAGAGAACUAAGAAGGAAAAGAUUUUUUUUUCAUUCAUUUUGCUGGUAAUAAUCACACCUUACAUAAUGUUUUGUAAAGAACACUGAAUUUGUUUUUAUUGUUCAGCUUCCAUUUUCAGUGUCAUUAAAACAAAAACAGGUUGUUAUGUUCAAAACAAUAAAAAUAGAUUUAUUUCUCACUAUUGUGUUUAUUUCUGUACUAUUGACCUGCUCGUCAAUUUUCCAAUAAAACCCCCUGAGAAAGUGUC